CACUAGGCUGUCAUCCUCACAUCGACUACAGCCCAUCUAUCCGCGACUGUGGUCCUGCUCCAUUAUUUCUCUCUCUCUCUCGGGUUGGAACAUGGACACGCUCUGAAGGCGCGCUACUCAACGCUAGUCCACUUGUCAGAUACCCGAAAUUCCUCUUACUGUCGGCUCACGUGAGAGCAGUAAUGAUGGAGUAUUGGAGGCAGUGUGCGCUGUGGUUGAUCAACUGCAAGGUGCUUCCAGCAAACCAUCGGGUUACGUGGGAGACUGCGCAGGUAUUCGACUUGGCCCAAACCCUUCGGGAUGGAGUGCUUCUUUGCCACCUUCUCAACAACCUCAGGCCCCACUCUAUCAACCUAAAGGAGAUCAACCUGCGACCUCAAAUGUCACAGUUCCUAUGCCUGAAGAACAUCAGGACUUUUCUGGCGGCGUGCAAUGACACAUUUGGCAUGAAGAAAAGUGAGCUGUUUGAGGCUUUUGACCUUUUUGACGUCAGGGAUUUUGGAAAGGUUAUGGACACACUUUCGAAGCUUUCUCACACAACGACUGCACAACAAACUGGAAUCAGGUCUUUUCCAACUGAAGAAAGUGUUGAAGAUGAGGAUAUCUACAACCACCUUGAGGACCUAAUAGACGAGAACGGGGUGGAAGAUGAGGAGGAUCUGUAUGACUGUGUGUAUGAUGAUGAAGAGGGCGGUGAAAUCUAUGAGGACCUGAUGAAAACGGAAGCUCUCGCUCCCCCGGUGUUCCAGAAACAGGCAGAGAUUGACAUCAGGAGUUGCUGUUUAACAGAAAUUAAGCAGACAGAGGAGAAAUUUUCCGACACCCUGGAUUCUAUAGAAAAGAACUUUAUGACACCUCUCACUGUGUUUUUAUCCACGGACGAGAUAGAGAAAGUGUUUGUGAAUAUACCGGACCUGGUGAAAGUUCACAAAUGUUUACUGCAGGAAAUUCAAGACUCAGUCCAACACAAGAGUGCCGAAAAUCUUCACCAGAUCUUUAUUGCUUUCAAAGAAAGGUUGCUAAUCUAUGGGAAAUACUGCAGCGAUGUGGAGACAGCCAUUGCCACGCUAGACAGUAUAUGUAAAGACAGAGAGGAUGUACGCAUGAAGCUCGAGGAGUGUUCUAAAAGAGCCAACUAUGGCAAAUUCACUCUGAGGGAUCUGCUGGUGGUUCCCAUGCAACGGGUCUUAAAGUACCAUCUCCUCUUGCAGGAGCUCGUUAAACACACUCACGAUGCCACAGACAAGAGCAACCUACGGAAGGCAUUAGAUGCCAUGAAGGACUUGGCCCAGUAUGUCAAUGAAGUCAAGAGAGACAAUGAGACACUGCGAGAAAUAGAUCAGUAUCAGAAAUCCAUUGAAAACCUAAAUCAGCCUCUAAGUAACUACGGGAGACCCAAAGGUGACGGGGAAGUGCGUGUGGCCUCGGUGGACAAACGAGCUAAACAGGACCGGCAUAUCUUCUUGUUCGAUGCUGCUGUCAUCGUUUGUAAGCGAAGAGGAGACAACUAUGAGAUGAAAGACGUAAUAGACCUGCACCUGUUUAAGAUCACAAACAACCCUACGUCAGACAAGGAGAACCGAAAGUGGUCCUACGGAUUCUACCUGACUCAUAACCAGGGCCAGAACGGCUUUGAGUUCUUCUUCAAGACCAAAGAGCUGAAAAAGAAGUGGCUGGAGCAAUUUGGCAUGGCCAUCUCCAACAUUCAUCCUGAGAAUGCAACAAACAAUUUCCAUGAGUUUCAUAUGCACACUUUUGAAAGAAUUACCUCCUGCAAUUCUUGUCACAUGCUAUUGCGGGGAAUAUUUAACCAGGGUUACAUAUGCUCCAACUGCGGACUAGGUGCUCAUAAAGAAUGCCUGGGCCGCCUGGGCUGCUGUGGAAAAACAGAUCCCGGCUCCCUCAGAACUCAGAUCAAAGACCGAGAUCCAGGUCUGCCCAAGAUGAUGGUGAUCAGGAACUACUUUGGUGUGCCGAGCCCGACUUCUGGUCCGGCGCUCAGCAUCCAGACGGGUGAUAUCAUCGAAUUAAUCUGUGCUGACCUUCACAGCCCCUGGUGGCAGGGCAAAAUCUUGUCAACAAAAGAAGUUGGCUUCUUCCCAAGUGACGCCGUGAAGCCAUGCCCAUGUGUUCCAAAGCCCAUUGAUUACUCCUCUCAACCAUGGUUUGCAGGACCUAUGGAGAGACUGCAGGCAGAGGCAGAACUCAUCAACCGGGUUAACAGCACCUACCUGGUCCGCCAUCGCAGCAGAGAGUACACAGAGUACGCCAUCAGCAUUAAGUACAACAACGACGUGAAGCACAUAAAGAUCCUGACGAAGGAGGGCUGCUUCCACAUCGCAGAAAACAAGAAGUUCCGGAGUCUGUUUGAGCUGAUUGAGUACUAUAAACAUCACUCCCUAAGAGAGGGAUUCAGGAGUCUGGACACGACGCUGCAGUAUCCAUACCGGGAACUGGAGAAUUCUGCAAUGCAUCGUCUCAACCGCUCUGGUGGCAACAUGUUUACGCCGAAAGUAAUUGGCGUGGCCAUUGCACGGUACGAUUUCAGUUCACGUGACACGCGAGAGCUCUCGCUGCAGGAGGGUGACGUAGUGAAGAUUUACACUAAGUCUGGAGCCAACGGGUGGUGGAGGGGCGAGGUCAAUGGCAGGAUUGGCUGGUUUCCAUCCACAUAUGUAGAGGAAGGCGAGGAGUGAGCUGACCAACGAAGAAGAGUGAGACAAAAGAAGAACGAAGUGAGUCAAAUCAAUAAGCUCAGAACCAGCGGACGCUUGUUGCUUUCAUCCAUCCGAGACCUUUAGGAGCAAACAAAAAAAGGGCUACUGAACACGGGUGACGCAAAGAUGGCCGGCCCCAUCCUUUCCGCUUGGCUUAGUGUGGCUAAGUAACUCCACCGUCUACAAGUAGCAGCUUGCCUGUCAGCGGGGCACGCGGGCUCUCCAGACUCCGAGCUAUCCAUAAUAUCCCACAUCUUUCUGCCUGAACCAGCCACAGACACCCUUGCCCAAAUCCCACCUGUUUCUGCUUGCCAACUUGGCGGGUGCAGACAUGUCAGAAAGCAGGAACUCAGACACCAUUCAUGCACUCAUACCUCCAUGGGAAUGGAAUUAUCCAAGCUGGAACACCCACACUGUAAAUGUUUUUUUAAAAAAGGGUAUUUUUCGUCUCACAUCCUCUUCCCAUUUUGAAGAAAUUUCUGAGGUGUUGACCUUGCCUGUUUGUUUGUUCCACUAAUGCCGGUGGUUAUUGAUGACUCGAUGGCCCACGCUGGCGCAGCAGCCACCCCUCUUUGAUCGCAAUCGCCGCACUUCCACUCAUACAGGAGAUGUAAGAUAACGAUGGCGUCGGCGCACAGUGCCAGCAAUUGAUGGCUCUUGUUCCAAUUUUCCUCUAGCUGCUCACAUUCUUUAUCUCCAGCACAGACUCUCGUGUUUUCGCUUGUGUCGGCCGUCAGCGAUCCUCUUGCUUAUCGCUGGCAGAAGCCCAUUCGCGGGAGGCUUUAUCUUAUUGGAGGUAUUACCGGCAUGUCGGGGAGAACACGCCACACAGUCUGCUGGCCAACUGACCCGAGAGGAAAUCAGACCUUCCACUUAGGUUACAGCCAUUUUGUCAUUUACAUGCUCGUUCUUUCAAAAUAUUAUUCAAACACCUUUGCAAUACAAUAUGGAGCAAAACAUUAAUAAGAGGCCGUACACUUAAAAAAGUAAAAUAAAAAAAGUUACACAUAUUGUAUUUUUUUCUGCUCCUUCCUGCUUUUGUACCACACACUUGAACUAUACACUAACAUAUAACAUACCGUAUAAAAAAAAUGUGUAGUUCAGUAAUUAUCAAUACGAUCUAUAGACUGUAGGCCAAACAAGACUUCUUCACAAAUCUCAGACUGUGUAGACAUAUUCAACAUAAUAUUUAAGGAUGUAUAGGAUGUUUAGCUAAGGAAUGUUUUAAUGAUUCAACUGGACAUAGAAAUUACUGGGAGUUCAACAUAAAGAUUUUAUACAGUACUGGAUAUAAUAUUUGAAAAUAAAUAUUGUAUUUAUAAUAAGUUUUUUUUUUCAAAGUCAGUUUUUCAUGAUUCAUUGAUUGGCAUUUUAUUUAUAGAAAACACUUCACUUGGGUAAUUCUGUAUUUUUUACACAUUCAUUCAAAUUCCUCUGUAUUGUCAUUAAUGCCAAUGCGAUGUUCCCUAUUUUGAAAAUUCCAGGAUUUUUUUUCAACCCUAUUUUAGGGCUAAACAGAGUCAUGUGAUGAUAAAAGCAGACAAUUUCUAUCAUUUCAAAUUGGUAUUUGGCUACAUUUUCUAUGUUCCCCCUCAUUCCACAAAUACCAGCUUUCACACGCAACUACGUGUGAAAUGUUUAAAACAUCACUGCGCUUUUCACCUUUUUUGCUAUAAGGAAGCUUUUUGUUAGAACUCACAGGAAGGCAAAAAACCACAAUGUACAUAAGAUACUGUAGAUUAUUCAGUGCACGCAUCAUCACACGGUCCAGAGGUGACAUUGAGGCAGAGCCACUUGUUAGUCAGAAGUCAGAGACUUUAUGUGAUGAACAGAUGGACUCCGCCUCUGGAAACACACCUCAGGGCGUCGUGACCUCAGGUGUGUGAGGCUAUUGCGCCCCUAACUGAUUUUGCAACAUGCACAAUUAUUUGUAAAAUAGGCUGUUCCCUCAUUAUUAGAGAUGUUAUAUUCGGAAAUAAUUAAUGCAGACAAAGUCACUUCUCAUCAUUAUGCCAUAUGAAUGUUUUUUUCUUUUUUUUUUUCUUUUUUUUAGAAAAAUAUACCACAAAAUACCACUAGAUGGAAGCCUCUUUCAUUUCUGGGUGGUCACCUUCAGUUUGACAAAGUUUGGAGAUGACAUCAUCUGAUGAGGAGUUUAACAAUAUUUAAAGUGGAAUUACAGGAGAAUGAACAGGAACAAAAUACAUGCUUUCAUUUUUAUUUAUUUUUUUACAUUCUUUAGUGUAAAAAAAUUCUAAUAGAAACUCCUUCAAUAUUUUUUUACCCUUUUGCUGAGCUUCCUUUAUCAGCCUGCAGAUUCCAGAAAGUCAAAAUUCUUCCUCUGUCUAGUCGACCAUGAAGAAACAGACUGUCUCAGGAGACCUGGAGUGGGCUUCUCUAAUGGCAGACUGUGGUAAUCCACUCCCACUCUGCCCCUCUGCCCAAAUGAACUAUGACGGUGUAGUCAUUAACAAGAGUAGGCCCUCCUUCCAACAAGUGUGCUUGCAGAUAUUUUAAAAACAUUUUCUAAAAUGUCUUUGCACUGGAAGAAGCCUCAAGGGUACCCGCGAUCUAAUCAUGACACCAUCUCUACACAUCGGCGACCCUGCUGCAUCCGUCUCUCUCUCGGUUUCUCUCGCUCGUCCUCAGUCACGGCGUUACCCUUUCAGUCCCUGCCAAUCCUUUCCCCAUCUAUUUUUAAUCUAAUCUCUGUCCACCCAUUUUCACUGUGGAUCCGGUACCCUCACAUGAUGGUCUGAGGGCUGUGUGGUGUGGUGCUUCAUAACCAACCAAAACAAAAUGUUUUAGAAUGGAAUUCCAAAAUUGAUUUUACAUACCAGCUAGUAGAUGCCCUUCAAACGUGAUCUUUUUUCACCCAAGAAAUCCUCGCCAAGUCACCCUGUGUUUUGUGUGUGUGUGUGUGCAUGUCUCACUGACUUUUGGGUUUGUAUGUGAUGUGCUCCAUGUUAUUGAGCCAAAGAUGUACUGUAUAAUGUGUUUACUGUACAGUCGAUAUUAUUGUCUUAUACCAUGGUACAACCGCUGUGGCCUAAAUUCAAAACAGCUCAGGCCUGUGUAGCAUUCCCCUGUAUAUUUUUUAUUGUACCAUAAUGUAAAAUAUGUUUAUAGUAUCUAAUAAAAAUAUGUUGCUUACUCUAA